ACGCAAGUAUUUGCGAUAAAAAAGGCAACCCUGCGUCUUAUUACCUAGAUCACAGAUCAGAGAUCGAAUUGUCGGAAGUGGAAAUCAUGUCUCGAAGAAAAGCAAGCAGCUCCAAAGAAUCUCUGGAUUUCAAACCUUCUACAAUAAGAAUAUGGAUCCACAAUCGAGAUCUUGGGAAAUUGCAGCAAGUCCUGUGGGAAGGACACGGUAACAGGUUGCGAAUGGAGACCAGCAACAACCCUCGCGUAAAAAGGUUUCUGGAAGCUGUACCCUUUAUAAUGGGUACCGUAAAAGAUGUCCAUGCAGCCACAGUAAACAACGAUUUAGAUGAACUCAGGAAUAAAAUCGAUUCGACGUCGCCCAUAGUUCUUUGUGGCAAAGACAACAACGGUUUAAACGUUUUGCACAAAGCUGCAGGAUUGGGGCACACGGAAAUCGCACGAGAGAUUCUCUCGAGAUAUCCGUCGACUGUCGAAGCGCAAGACAAUGAUGGAAAGACGCCAUUGCAUUAUGCGGCUGCAGCAAAAGACGAUGGGGUUUUGUAUACUUUAUUGGCGGAGCAUGGGGCUGACGAGAGCAAAUUAGACAAUAGACACAAGGCGGCGGCCUUCUACAAGAACAGACCGUCGGAUAUAGACCAAUCGCUGCUGAACGUGAUACCGGAAGCACCGAGGGUUGCUAGCACGUCGUACCCCAAACACUGGGACUGGAGGAUUCUGGAAGUGGAGGAAGCUAUGUCGAGAGGAAUGAGAAAAGUUAACAGUGCGGAUAUUGACAGUGCGUUUGGGAGCGCUGAGUCUGCUACGAAGAGCUUGAGCAAGUCUAUGGAACAGAUAAAGAACAUGGAGGAAGAGUCCCCAAAAGAAGAGCACCAAGAAGAAGCAGAAAACGCAGAGAACGCAGAGGGUACAGAAAAUGCAGAGGACUCGAAAGAGACAGAAACUGCAGAGAAAGAAGAAGAGCAAAGCACGCAGGAGACUACACACGAGGAUACAGAAGAAAGGUCCUCGGAUGAUGACGUGGUGACAGGUACAGUGACGCAAGAGGCUGAAGAAGACGCAAAGGAGGAAGGAGAAGCGGAAGCAGAAGCAGAACCAGAAGGAGAAGCAGAAGGAGAACCUGAAGCAGAACCUGAAGCAGAACCUGAAACAGAACCCGAUAAAGAAGAAGAAAAUGAAAAUGAAGAGAAUAAAGAAUCUCCAGAUGCCGAGAAAGAAGAAAAGGAGGAGGAAAAAGGGGAACAAGAAGAAAGAAACGAGCCAAGCACAGGUGAUUCUGGUGUUGAUGAUCCGGGAAACGACGAAGACCAGCAGGUGAUCGUCGGUGAACACGAGGAACUGCCGGACACAGAAGUGAACGAGGCCAGCAUGACGGCGGAUCCGGAAAUCGAAAAACUGUUGGAGAACGGGAACAUGGAGCAAUUGGCGGGAUUGGUUUUGAACGGAGAAGGCAGAAGAUUGGUUGGCCGACGUUCGGGGAAUCCUGAACUCCAGGCGUUCAUCGAUCGAGUCCCUUCUUACAUGGGGAAAAUUCAUGCUGUGCACAUGGCAGCAAGAGAAGGAAACCUGAGGGAUUUGCAGAGUGCACUGGAUCGUCGUAAAUUUGCUAUUGCGAGGGAUGGUUCGUCCCCACAUGGUGCAACACCACUUCACGUAGCUGUUGUGUUUGGAAACACAACUAUUAUUAGGUAUCUUGCAGGAAGGUUUCCAGAAACCGCGCAUGCAAUCGAUUUGGAUGGUCGAACCCCCUUGCACUAUGCAGCCACUCUCGCAGACAACGGCCAUUACUACAAUCUUCUGCUUCAUCUGGGUGCCAAUCCUUUAGUUCAAGACAACUUCGGACAAAAGGCAGAUUACUACAAGCAAAAUCAGUCAGAAUUCUCUCACAAGUCGCUCCUCCGCGAUUUCGGUGCGAACGAGAAGCUCGCCGACGAGAUGUUAACCGACAAAGACGACAACCAGAUGGACAUACCGAUAUUUCAAGAGGAGGAGGGUCGUUAUUUAGCGUCGUCUCUUGGUGAUCCACUGAUCAAAGGCUUAACAGAAGUGGCGAACAACCGACCAAACGAUCCCGUCACUUACUUGGCGACUUAUUUAUACAAUUUCGCUAACAGAAGCAAACAAGAACAGCAACCUAACGUGUUGAUCAUCCCUGACCGUGAUGAGGAGAACAUCGAAAAUAUUGAAAAUGAAAACGAGGAUGCAGGUUAUCCACAAAGUCCAGGAUCUGAUAUACCAGAAUCAGCUUUUAGCAGUCCAAACAGAGAUGAACACGGGCAAACAGUAAUUCAUUUCGCUGCAAUUCGAUCUUACGCAAAAGAUGGAUUGUUUCACUUGCUCCAAGAGAGUCAAGUGAAUGUUGGUUUCAGAGAUGAAUUGUAUAGGACAGCUAGAGACGUUGCAGACUUAGCUAACAUCAGGGAAAAUGUCGAUGAAAUUGAUCGUUACGUAGCUUACUUAGCAGCAAGAGGCGAAACAGAGAAAUUGGUGGAGCUACUGUUAGAAGGAUACGACCACAUUUUGGACGUAAAAGACGAGGGUGUGAACAUCGUGGACAUCGCUGCGGAACGAGGACGACAAGCAACCGUACAGUUCUUACAAUCCAUUCCAAAUUACGUGACGCAACGAGAAGAGGUACAUCAUGAAAUCAGACUGGGUAACGCACCGAAAGUGAAAGAAUUAUUGAACAAAAACAACGGAGGAGGAAAAUUGUUGGCGAUGGGGAAGAACUCUUUGGGCAGAUGUGCUCUUCACAUUGCGGUACUUCACGAAAAUAAGGAACUGGUCGAAUAUAUUGCAAAGACAUAUCCAGAAACCUUACGCAUUGGCGACAACCUGGAACGAACGGCUUUACACUACGCAAUGGGACUACCUUCUGUAGAGGAACUAAGCAACAUCCUCAUCAAAGCUGGUGCGAAACGUAUCACCAAAGAUUUAAAAUCACGACAACCAUCCUACUAUUUCAUGAACAAGUCGGACAUCGAGAGGCUCCAGGAAGAAGAGGAAACUCUAGUCAAGUAGAUCUGUUGAAUGACUCUAAUC